CCCGCCUCCGGGGCCGGCGCGAGGUCCCCGGAUGUGGAGGCUAGACGCGCUUCCGGCCGGGCCUGAGCGGAAAUGGCGGCGGCGGCGGCGGCGGCGGCGGCAGCGGCAGCGGCGGCGGCUGCGCCUGCGGCUCGGCUUCUUGCCUUAUCCAGGCAUGCUCUCGCAUCUCCUUCUGUGGGUAGGUCAUUGUCCAGACGGUUCUACCGAGGGGACAGCCCAGCAGAUUCUCAGAAGGAUAUGCUUGAAAUCCCCUUGCCUCCAUGGGAAGAACGAACAGAUGAACCGAUUGAAACCAAGAGGGCUCGCCUGCUUUAUGAGAGCAGGAAGAGAGGCAUGCUGGAGAACUGCAUCCUGCUCAGCCUCUUUGCCAAGGAGAAUCUGCACCACAUGACAGAGCGGCAGCUGAACCUCUAUGACCGGCUGAUCAACGAACCCAGUAACGACUGGGAUAUCUUCUACUGGGCUACAGACGCAAAGCCAGCACCGGAGAUCUUUGAGAAUGAUGUCCUGGUGAUGCUGAGAGACUUUGCCAAGAACAAGAAUAAAGAGCAAAGGUUGCGGGCCCCGGAUCUUGAGUACCUCUUUGAGAAACCAACCUGAACUUUAUUUUGGCCUGGCCUGGCC